AUGGCUACCGAAAAGAGACAAUCUACGCCUGCGCUUUCAGAAAGCCAUGACGGCUUCUCUGUGACGGAAUCACUUUCAAACACUGAUGAUACCUCAAUGAAAGAUGAGACAUCUGAUUCUCCGGUUCCCCCUGUAUCUCCAAUUAAAACAAAGUCUCAUAAAAGAAAAACCUCUGAUGAAUCCGAAAAGAAGAGGAAGAAGAAAAAAACCGAGAAACAUAAGCACAAGCACAAGAGUGGAACAAAGAAGGAGAGCGACGACGAUUUGGAAACAGUGAAAACUUCCAAAGAGAAGAAAAAAAGGGUGAAAAAAGAAGAAACACCACUCGACUCUCAAUCUUCUCAAGCUAUCGAAAUGAAGGAUGAAGAAGAGGAGAAGUACAAAUGGUGGGAGGAAAACAACGACAAUGAUGAAAUUAAAUGGCACUCUUUGAAACAUAAUGGGGUGCUAUUUCCUCCGGAGCAUGUACCUCUGCCUUCUCAUGUCAAACUUUACUACGAUAAAAAGCCCGUUGAUUUACCUAUUCAAGCAGAAGAAGUGGCAUGCUUUUUUGGUGCAAUGUUGAACACUGAACAUGCCCAAAACCCUGCAUUUCAGAACAAUUUUUUUUCAGAUUUCAAGAAAAUUGUUUUGGAGCAUGGAGGAGCUAAUGUGGAGAUUGAAAGCUUUGAUAAAUGUGAUUUUUCUAAGAUUUUUGAUCACUACGAAACUCAGAAAAGUCUCAAGAAAUCUCUUACAGCCGCUCAGAAAAGGGAAAUAAAGUCAGAAAAAGACAAAUUUGAAGAAAAGUACAAGUAUUGUCUUUUGAAUGGCCGUAGAGAAAGAGUGGGAAAUUUUAGAAUAGAACCACCUGGACUCUUUAGAGGAAGGGGUAGUCAUCCGAAGACUGGCAGAGUGAAGAAAAGAAUAUAUCCCGAAGAUGUAAGUUUGAACUUGAGUGAAGAUGCUCCAAUUCCUCCUCCUCCUGAAGGACACCAAUGGAAAGAAAUCAAACAUGAUAAUACAGUUGCUUGGUUGGCUACCUGGCGUGAAAAUGUUACCAACACUGUAAAAUACGUCUUGUUUGCUGCAGACUCUUCACUUAAGGGAAGAUCAGAUUUCAAAAAAUUUGAAAAAGCCAGAGAAUUAAAGAAAUAUAUCCAUCGUAUCAGAAAGGAUUAUAAGAAAAAUUUUAGUAGCAAAGUCAUGUUAGAGAGACAAAUGGCAGUUGCAACUUAUCUGAUUGAUGUUUUUGCCCUUAGAGCUGGUGGUGAAAAAGCAGAAGAUGAAGCGGAUACUGUGGGAUGUUGUUCAUUGAGGUAUGAACACGUUACUUUGAAACCUCCCAAUACAGUUGUGUUUGAUUUUUUGGGUAAAGAUUCCAUUCGAUACUACCAAGAAGUUAAUGUUCACGAGAAAGUGUUUAAGAAUUUGAGAUUGUUCAAGAAAUCGCCCAAACAACCAGGCGAUGAUCUGUUUGACAGAUUGACACCGAAUAUUUUAAACAAGCAUUUACAGAACUACCUUCCUGGAUUAUCGGCCAAAGUGUUCCGUACUUACAAUGCUUCUAAGACAAUGCAAGAUCAAUUGGACUUAAUCCCGAACGAAGGGUCUGUGGGUGAAAAGGUCGUCAAGUAUAAUGCUGCCAACAGAGAGGUUGCUAUAUUAUGUAACCAUCAAAGGACAAAGCCAAAGUCUCACGACAUGGGAGUUCAACGGAUAUCGGAUAAUAUUAGAGAGUUGUUCUGGCAAAAAUUGAGAUUGAAGAGGAUGAUCUUGGAACUGGAUAAAAGUCUCAAGAAAACAAAACCGUACUAUUUCGAAGAGCUUGAUGACUUAUCAGUAGAAGAGGAGCAGGCCAUCCAGGAUCGAGUGAUAGCAAAAGAACGGGAAAAAGCUACCAAGAAGUUUACGCGUGACAACGAGAAAUUGAAGACCGAAGACUCUCCUCUCUUACCAGAGGCAAUGCUAGAAGAGAAAUUGAAAAAAAUUGAUGAGUUAGCUGCUGAGUAUAAGAAGGAGUUGAAGACGAGAAAGCCUGAAAUCAAAUCGGUCACUGUGACUGUGGAAAAACUAGAAUCCCAAGUGGAGAAAUUGGAACAACGAAUCAGAAACGCUACUCUUCUUUUGCAAGACAAGGAGGAUAAUUCUCAAGUUGCUCUUGGAACCUCAAAACUCAAUUAUAUUGACCCAAGACUGACGGCUAUGUUCUCCAAGAAGUACGAUGUACCUAUUGAAAAACUGUUCUCGAAGACCUUGAGAGAGAAAUUUGCAUGGGCCAUUGAGUCUGCAGAUGAAAACUGGACGUUUUAA